AUGCCGAAAAAUUCUAUGGUUAUGGUAGUGGCUUCGCGGCACGUUCCUGAUCCGCCGACCGUUCCAUUGCACGGAUCUCAAGUACAACUUCGAUUGCUGAACGAGCAAAGCUCGAACAGUGAUAAUCAUCUAGCGGCGAAAUCGAUGCGAUUUGCAUACGAGAUCAAGAAACUCAUGUGA